GUGUCAGGUGGCAUUUACUUGAUUACACGCCAACUAGUUAAUCGAUCCCAAUGUUCUUAAGCGGCGUGAUAAAGGUGAUAUCCUUCGUGGUUUUGUUCAACAUGGCUGUCCAGACCGGCAUCAAGUUCGAUCUUUCCACCCUUCAGGGAAGUUUGUUGAUAGCAGUGGGCAUCUUGUUCCGAGUCAAGUCGGUACAAAACAUCGUAACGAGACGUCGGCUAAAUCCUUGGCAGGCCAUUCCGUUGGUUGUGGGUGAACUUCUCAAGUGGGCGGCGGGUGUGUUGAUCUUCGUGGCCUUUAGUGGCUGGUACUAAGCUGGUACUGGUUUUGUACCAACUAUGGCGAUUUGUGCUGGUGUUGGUGUUGGCGACAAAUGUGCUGAAACAUUGAAUAUUGCCAUUCCCAGCGCCGUGUUGUGCUACUGCGAGGCCUGGAUCUUCGUGGGUGUAUCUAUAGUACACUGUCUGGUCGCUACUCGCUGACACCGGCUUGGUGACAGACUUAUAGAAUAGUAUAUGAUACAAAUACAUUUAUUUCUUCCA